GUCACCCAGCACCGACCCCGAGCUCCGUCCACAAUAUGAUGACCAGCCCCAGCCGACCCCGGUUCCCAUGGCAAUAAACCACGGUAGUCAAGGGACUGGUCACUUCCGCUGACGUCACCAGGGACACGUGGAUCCAAGAUGGCGGCCGUUGCGGUGAGGUGUGUGUGGCUGCUCAUCUUCUUCCUCCUUCACGAAAAUGCAGCGUUCUAUGUCCCAGGUGUGGCACCCAUAAAUUUCCUACAAAAUUCCCCUGUAGAUAUAAAGGCUGUGAAGCUGACCAGUUCCCGCACUCAGCUGCCUUAUGAGUAUUACUCUCUGCCCUUCUGCCGACCAUCACAGGUCACCUACAAAGCGGAAAAUCUAGGUGAAGUCUUGCGGGGUGACCGAAUUGUGAAUACCCCCUUUAAGGUGUUGAUGAACAAUAACAAGAAAUGUGAGAUUUUAUGCAACACUCCCAGCAGCCCUCUGGUGCUUAAUGCGGAAGACAGCAAACUGAUCGCUGAGCGGAUCCAGGAGGAUUACUAUGUGCACUUAAUAGCAGACAAUCUGCCAGUGGCCACCAGGCUGGAUGUCCAUCUUGGUCAUGACGAGGAUGAUAAGAAGAAGGACCGAGAUAUUCAGUUUGAGCAUGGCUAUAGACUGGGGUUUACCGACAACAACAAGUUUUACAUCCACAAUCACCUGUCGUUCUAUUUGUAUUUCCAUCGGGAAGAGGUGGAAGAAAACAAAGAGCCCACGUUUAGGGUCGUAAGGUUCGAAGUCGUCCCUCAGAGCAUCAAGAUGGAAGAUCUUAAAGGAACGCAGGAUGGUAGCUGCACCGUCCCUGAAGGCUCCAAAUCUGCCCCACAGGAGAUUGAUCCAUCCAAGGAGAACAAGCUGCUGUUUACUUACUCUGUUUACUGGCAGGAGAGUGAUAUUAAAUGGGCUUCCCGCUGGGACACCUACCUGACCAUGAGCGAUGUGCAGAUUCACUGGUUUUCUAUCAUUAACUCUGUGGUGGUCGUCUUUUUUCUGUCUGGUAUUCUGAGCAUGAUCAUCAUCAGAACCUUGAGAAAGGAUAUUGCAAACUACAAUAAAGAGGAUGAUAUUGAGGACACAAUGGAGGAGUCUGGAUGGAAGCUGGUGCACGGCGAUGUCUUCAGGCCCCCGCAGUAUCCCAUGAUCCUUAGCUCACUUCUGGGAUCUGGGAUCCAGCUCUUUUGUAUGGUUCUGAUUGUGAUCUUUGUCGCCAUGCUGGGAAUGUUGUCUCCGUCCAGCCGGGGGGCCCUGAUGACCACUGCCUGCUUCCUCUUUAUGUUCAUGGGUGUUUUCGGAGGAUUCUUUGCCGGCCGCUUGUACCGUACUCUAAAGGGUCAUAGGUGGCGCAAAGGAGCUUUCUGUACAGCGACUUUGUACCCCGGUGUGGUUUUUAGCAUCUGCUUUGUGCUGAACUGCUUCAUCUGGGGGAAGCAUUCCUCUGGCGCGGUCCCUUUCCCUACCAUGCUGGCUCUGCUGUGUAUGUGGUUUGGCAUCUCACUCCCACUAGUCUACCUUGGAUAUUACUUUGGUUUCCGCAAGCAGCCGUACGACAACCCUGUCCGAACCAACCAGAUUCCCCGGCAGAUCCCAGAGCAGCGCUGGUACAUGAAGAGGUUUGUGGGAAUCCUGAUGGCGGGAAUAUUACCGUUUGGCGCCAUGUUCAUCGAGCUCUUCUUCAUCUUCAGUGCCAUCUGGGAGAAUCAGUUCUAUUACUUGUUUGGUUUUCUGUUCCUGGUGUUCAUCAUUUUGGUGGUGUCCUGCUCACAAAUCAGCAUUGUCAUGGUCUACUUCCAGCUGUGUGCGGAGGAUUACCGCUGGUGGUGGAGGACGUUCCUGGUGUCUGGAGGAUCCGCCUUCUACGUUCUGGUUUACGCCAUCUUCUAUUUUGUGAAUAAGUUGGAUAUUGUGGAGUUCAUCCCUUCCCUCCUGUACUUUGGCUACACUACCCUCAUGGUCCUCUCUUUCUGGCUCCUCACUGGGACCAUUGGCUUCUACGCCGCCUACAUGUUCAUCCGGAAAAUCUAUGCGGCGGUGAAAAUAGACUGAUCCCGGGCUCAUCCGCAGCACUUCAGCACAAGGCAGAGCCGGUCUCCUCCGCCAAGACGCCUCCAUCUGGGGACAGUAACCAGUAAAAAAAAUAUAUAUCAACCACCACCAUCAUCCAGAAUGUAUUGUUUGGUACUGUGUCCAUGGAUGGGCCGAGGUGUCGGAUCCUAUAACUGCAUUUUAACCUUUUUGGUAUUCCCAUUUUUCAGUGCGGGUUUUUACUUUUUAGCCGGAUCAUUACCGUCUUUACUGUUCUGUCCGCUCUUUUCUUUUUCCAUUCUUUUUUUGUUAAAUUAUUAUUCUUCCUGUGUUAUUGAUCAGUGGAGACGAGGUGCACGAGAUGGAGACCCUUGGACUAUUUGGUGGACAGGCGCCCACAGAAGAAUCACUGGACUGUCCACUGAGCACCGGGACACUUAUACAGUUCUGGUCACAUGAUGAGCUGGUGGGUACCAGCGCUGCCAACCGUUAUUAAAUGCCAGCUGGCGGGGUUGGGGAUAUCUUUUGCCAAGGACUGAAUACAAUAUGAAGCAUGCUUUCUGUGGUGAGGAGGCGGCCAGAUCCUGUAUUUUUGGGCUUCCACCAAUCAGGUCCCUGGCAGAAAAAUGAACUGUUCGUUACAGGGGAUGGUUUAGUCUUCACAUGGUUUGUUCCACAGAUGGGGGGGGGGGUUUCAGACUAACUUUUUGUUUUGUGUUUCAUCACGAGCACAGGACACUUAAAGGGGGGGGGGCUCCAGUUUCAUGUAAAUAAAGCAUAAUUAGUGUAUAGUGAAAAUUUGGCAAUUUUCUAACUUUUGUGUUUCAAUUCAUAGCGGUUUUCAUGAUAUCGUUUUACUAUCAGAUAUUUUAUUUUACAUUUGGGAGCUGCAAACCUCUCCUGACCCAGUACUUCUCACAGCUGAGGUUUUGUUACCAUGUAUCCAGAUAAUGCUCAGUGUGGUGAACAUAUCAGCAGCACAAAUCUUUGCCAGUUUGUUACAUUCUACCUAAGUUGAUACAUUGUAUUAGUCUUUAUGUCAUAGAGCAGGCAUAGGCAACUUUCGGCACUAUGAUGCUCUUACAGCCAAAAUACUGCAAAGCAUCAUAGGAGAUGUAGUCCAAAACAACUGCAGUGCCAAAGGUUUCCUUUGCCUGUCAUAGAAUCUUGUCUGAACUAGAUACAUUUGUAACAAAACCUAAGCUGUAACACAGUAUUAGGUUUUUAAAAGUUUUGCAUGUAAACCAUUAAUGGUCUUAUCCCCUGACGGCAAGCAGAGAUCUUGAAAGCGGUGAAGAAUUGAAAUGCAAAGUUUUUUUUAAGAAGUUCCAGAAUUUUUCAUUAUACAAAGAUUUGAUUUUAUUAAGGGAAAAAAACUGUGAACCGUUCCCCUGCAUGGAGGAGGCGUACCUGAUGGGAUCCUGCCGGAUUUGUGGUUUUCUCUUAUAUACCUGCCAAAAAUUUGCUGUGGGAUCCACUAAUGUUUUUGUAUGGGUUGUAAAUGCAACCGUAUGAAUUCUUCUUUAUGAGACUGAAGUAAUAAUGCUUCCCCUAACCCUAUUGUCUGUGCCUGGUGCAAAAAGAAGGAAUUAGUUUUGUUUAUAUAUCACAGACCCCCCUCCCCACACACACACUACCUUUGAGCCCUCCAUCUUCUGUACCCAUGUGGGUGGGGUGAUCAUUUACGGCCAACUUUAUUUGCAUAUCCACGAUGACCUCAUAGUGAGUCCAGGCUUUCAUGAUGUGGCCGCCUCCUCUCUGUUUGGGUGAUGAGUAUACUUUAAAUUAUUUUCCAGUUUUAAUGAAUAUCCUCUGGAAAUUGCUGAUUUUUUUUUUUUACUGUUGUCCAUCUUUAUGUCCUUUUUGUAAAUAAAUGCCCCUUCAGGUGUU